UGCUGCCUCAGCACUGAGCCUCCAAACAAGCCACGCUCCUUCUCCUUCUCCUCCUCCACUUUUCUCAUCAGUGUCUCCUCUUCAUCUGCCUCUGUUUAACCAUGGGAAUUGCCUACAGUGUUGGAGAGGUUGACCACCUCUACACAUUCUUUGUGCAGUGGUCACCGGAUAUCUACACCAAAGAUGCCAAGAAGCACCACCAAUCCCGCUAUCUCAUCAGGGAGAAGAACCAAAACCGCUUCCUGGUGGUGGAACAGGACAACGUGGAUGUGAUCAACAAGCUGCUGAGCAACCCCAUCAAAUCCAAUGCCAAUGGCUGGGAGAUCAUCACGGUAAAGGACCCCAAGCGUCGUCCAAGUGUUUGCAGCUCAGAGGAGUCUGAAGCUGAGGAGCCUGAGGACCAUAAGCAUGUGGUGGAUAUUCUUCCUGUCCUCAGUGACCACAGCCAGCUGUUGGAGGACCACCACUUGGAAAGUCUUGUCAGUCAAAUGCCGGCAAGGACAGAGGGAUAUCCCUGGCAGCUGGUAUAUAGCACUGCGAUCCAUGGCACCAGUCUGAAGACCAUGUACAGGAACAUGGCAGAUUACGACAGCCCCGUGCUGCUGGUCAUCAAAGACAUGCACAACAAGGUGUUCGGUGCCUUUUCCUCUCAUUCAUUCCGAGUCAGUAACUACUGCUACGGCACGGGGGAAACCUUCCUGUACAGCUUCAGCCCCGACUUCAAGGUCUACAGGUGGACUGGUGAGAACAGCUACUUUGUGAAGGGCCAUUCGGAGUCUCUGCAGAUUGGUGGCGGAGGGGGGGUCUUGGGUCUGUGGCUUGAUGCAGACCUGUACCACGGUUCCAGCAACUCCUGCCCCACCUUCCACAACCUGCCUCUGUCCACACAGCAAGACUUCAUGGUACAAGACCUCGAAGUUUGGGCGAUACAGAACUGAAGGAGAACAAGUGAAAAGAGGGGAAAGAGAAAGAGUAGAGUGAAGCACAAUGUGUUGUCCAUGGAAAUAUGACCUCAUGGCUCCAAGGCUUGCACUGGGUCCGAACGCAUUUAGCUACUGUGACCUGUUGAAGCCGUAGCUAUCUGCUGAGUAAUGGCUGCUUUCAGCCGGCACAUGUGGCCUGUGCUAGUGGCUCUCAGGCAGAGCCCGUGUUUGACCCUAAUGGACCUUGUACUUCCGCUUAUGCUGAAUUGAUCUGACUGAGCUUUUCAUCUGGCUUUACUUGAGGAGCCCAAGGUGAGAGAGCAGUGUUCAGGGUGCAGGGUCUUGUUAUAUGCUGCUUCAAACUGCCUGCAAUGCAUUAAGAAAAAACCCUGUUAAAAAAAGCAGGUAGAUAAACUGACUUUAGAUUGUAGGUCCUGCAUUACUUCUGAUUGGCUGAGAAAAGAAUUAUAAGGCAGAUUCAAGUCUGUAUCACCACUACAAAGACCUUGUGUCAACAAAAAGAGCUGGCGUGUCGGGAGAUGAAGAAUGUUCAUUUCCUAUGAUAAAAUAUGUGUUUAUGCAUAUUGACAAUGAGACAUCCAUUUAGAGGGCCAUACCGACAUUCAAGAGAAAAGCAAAAAGAAAAAAAAAGUAUGGUACAAAACUCACUUUAACAAAAUCAUUGCCAACUGAAGGGAUUACAAGAAUUAUUUGUGCUCCACAUGUUUUUCUUUUCUACUGCUGACUUGUGAUGUAUAAUGUGGAUGCUUUGUGUUUAAAAGUAACCAUUAUAGGUGAAAAGCUAUACACUCAGGUCCAGAAAUGAAAUUAUUGAGUUGCACUGUAAAAACAAUCUGACACAGGUUGUGAGAGGAAGGGACACACAACUUUCAACUGUACUCCAUUUUUUGACCUACCUACCUAUGAAAUUAAAUGGAUGGGUAAAUAUUACAAAUUUGUUUUUACCCUAAGUUGUCAUGAUAUGUUUUCUAAGAUAAAAAAAAAACACUAUAAAAAGUUGCUUUUUUCAC